AUGUGUACCAGGAAGAUCACUCGCUGCGGUAGUGUUCUUUACUUAUUACGCAGAGGGUUUGCGGAACACGGAGAUGAACUGCUGGCUACUUGGUUUGAAGCAAAAUAUUUUCCUAGCUCAGUCCAUGCCUGUCUAGUCCCUUCGUCUGCUGUCUUCACAGCAUCUCAGCCGUUGACACCAUACUGCACCUUCAGGUUAAGCACAGGUUCCGAGCUACGAAGCUCCCGACCCUCGAUACCGAAUUGUAUCUUCAUCCCGAUCUCAAACAACAUGACAAACUUCGCUUUGAUAUUUCUAAUUGUGACGGCGUUUGCAACCGCUUUGAAUGCAACUCCACUCGGCCCAUCAAGCUUCUUGGAAGCUGCUGCCAACGAUGUCGACAUAGCGCGCACAACCCUGUCAACCGGAGCUCAUGCUAGCUCGUCCUUCACAGUCGACAGUCUAUCGGACGCUCUUGCCAGACUCAAGCCGAUCCGAACACCUCGCCCGCCCAUUUUCGAGAACAUCCAGGAGGAACCGUCGCUCAGAACUUUUGCACGGCAAAGAAUGCAGGAACACCGCUCGGCGUUCGACACCUUCGCUGUCAACAACAAACGGACUCGAGCUUCAGAGUCUACGACCCAAGCUGAACGAGGCUCUCGACUUCGCCCGUCCGCGCUGUUCCGAGUAUCAUAUAAGCCGAGCUCGUGGGACCGAGUUCUUGCACCUCGUCAACCGCCACCCAUCCAUCGUGCCGCGGUAGAAUCUCGCGCCAUGAAGAUCCGCAUCCUCCGCCUCCUUUCUUUCGCCAUCAUCAGCGUAGUCUGCAUGAGCUCAGCAUCGAUUCCGCUCUUGGAAAAGGUCAAGCAAGUCGUCCAAGAAGCUGCCUACGCAGAAGACAACGCCGUUCCACAACUCAUGGCAAGCCUUCACGAGCUACAGCUCAGAACUGGACGUCAAUCUUCGCAUGUAUUCGAGACGUCGAGCUCCUCGGUCCGAUAUAAGGACCGCCCAUCCACGGAUACCGAUAAGCGUGCUGCUGCAGCUCUGAAAUGGGUCAAGUCGCGCCAGAAAAAGCCAAGACGUUUCCCGAAGACUUCGAAAGAACCCGUGUUGAAACCUAGCAAGAGUAUCUGA